CCGCCACGCACCGUUAGAGGCGGCCUCGCGUUACGAGAGAAGGAUUAGCGGCCGCCUUCCGGUGGCCAUCGCCAUCGAGUCCCCUGUGACGCUGCGGCCUUGGGGCGAGCCAGCCGCGCGGGCGGCGGCUCGGCCGGUUCCUCCGUGCGCGCUGGUCGCGGCAUCCAGGUUGGCCUCGACUCAAGAGCUAGUGAGCGAAAGCCGAAGCGCCAUGGCGCGGCCCAUCCGGAUACUGUCCUGCAGGCACCUGCUGCUGGCCACCGGACUGGUGCUGCUUGCUGCGGCCGGUGUCUCGAUUGCCUGCCACGAUCUCGACUUCUUCCGGAACAGGCAAGAGUGUUCGCACACGUUUGAGAACGAGUUCCGCCGGAGUUACGACGAAUAUCACAACGACCACGCUAGAAGUCGGGAGAUUGUCUGCUGUGCACUGAUGAGGGCAAACGAGUGCAUCAGGAGCCUGUAUAAGAGAAAACAGUGCACAGAUAGUGGCAUUGAGAUCCUGGCCCACUACGCUCGGAAGGCCAGCGCAAAGGAUUGCGAGAGCUUUGACUAUCGGCCGUGCGGCGCGGGUGCCUGUACCAUUAGUGCUUCGGCCUUGCUGCUUGCUGCCCUAGUGGCACUUGUUGUGAAGAGCUCAUCGUGAUUUGCUACUGUCCGCAAUCUCUCACCAGGCACCAUCACUGUUUGUACUGUCAAGUGCUUUCACUCAUCAGUCAUCUCGCAAUAUCACUGUUACAAAUUUCAGUUUAAGUAAAGGAAUGAACUGACAUGACACGAAAACACAUUGGGAACGUGUAUCAUACAGUGAUGGCACAAGAUGUAUUGAAAACCAAGUUAGCUGCUUGUGAAACAUGUUCAUUAGCCUGAGGCAGCAAGUCAUGGGACUUGCGGAGUGUCAUUGUGAGACUAAAUAAACUCAUAACCCCAUAGUUUCAUUUCUUGCCACAAUAUCACUAAAUUUAUUCAGGUGAGCUGAAUGUUAAGAGAAAAAGAGGUGAAGUUAGACUGUUAUGUGCAACUGCUCGAGAUAACAACUUAAUGUCACUAUGAAUCUGGUCAUAAAGGUAAUAUUGGCUCUGAUGUCAAUCAGAGUCAAUGUUCGAGUCGAAAUUACACCAUUAUGAUACAAAGUGAUGAUGAUGGAAACAAAAGUAUGUGCAUUAUCUAGCCUUAAAUUGUCCCAUUUCAAUCCGUGAGCACUGUACAUAGAUGGACAACUUCUUCGAUGCCAUUAAGUCAUGCCUUCCUUCAUCAAUGAUAUUCAUUCACAACUAUGAGAAACAGCAGAGUACUUCCACAGCAUUCUUGUGGAUUGACACUAGAAGCAUGAACAAAUAAUCGUUCUAGUAGUAGUUGCAUAUACCAUGAAAAACUGUCACACUAUAAAAUAUAUACAAUAUAACUCAUCAAGACAUCAGAAUUAAUUGUUUUCAAAAUUGCAUUACAAACGAAUGAAAUGAUUUCAACUUAUUGCAAACUGUGCCUGACUACAGUUUAGAAUUCUGUGGCCGCACAUUAUUUUAUGGAGACAUAAGGAAGAGAUGGAACAAACUGCUCAUGUGCUGUCAUGUGCAAUAUGUAGCCAAAAAGUGUCCAGAUUUCUGGUAGCAAAACCAGCCAUCCUUCAUUACCAUUAAAAUUAUUCUGACUUUUCGAUGCCGAAACAUGUAAAGUAAUAUGUUUUGCUGCUCAGUAAACGCUCACAGAUUAUCUAGUAAUGCUGAAGUAAGCAUUCCCGUUCGUGAGUACCAUUAGAGUGAGUGUUGCAUUCACUUAUCUACUCUAGGUAGGUAAUAUGGGACUUUGAAAGACACAACUCGUACAAAUUGAAAUCCAUAAUGAAACACUGACAAAAAGAAAAAAGCAGACUGCCACAGUUCGUAUAAACAACCACUGUAAGAAGUUUUCUCGUAGUCUUGAGAGAAGCACUUUGUCAAAACAAAAUGUGUACUUAAAAAAGCAUCAUAACAUAAACAGUAGUCAUGGAGUCAAUAAUACGCAAUCAUCAUCAACCCUACGAUGCCCAUUGCAGGACAGAGCCAUCUCCCAGAGAUCUCACAACAUAGUUGCCCAAUGUAAACAUUCUCAUGAAAUUCUUGAUCUUGUCACUCUAUCUAAACUUUUUGUCACCUUUAAUAAAGCCUGUCGGUGCAUUUAUGAACAUGCACAAUCAUAUCCUGUUGAAUUAGUUUCUUUAAGCUAAAAGAAUAGUUUAACAAGGAGCUGUCAUUCAAAGUAUUCCAAAAUACAUGCCUUAGAAAACACAGCAAUGCUCGGUGCUACCAUACCAUAUAAUGCUUGCAUUGUUUGUACUAAUACUCAGGAGUGAUCUUGGAAGCAUCAUUCUCUAACAAAAUGUGCAAGGUAAAACAAAUGGCAGCUAUGAAUUCUGAGCUUUUAAUGGAAUAAAGGCAUAAUAUGUCAUUUUUGCACUUUGCAUUUGCUAUCAUUAGCCAAGGAAGCAAGAGAAUUAUUUUAAAAAAAAACUGCGUAGCUAAAAUAGCCAGAGUUCAACCUUAAUCUCAUGUCUUAUUUUCUACCCAUGCAUACAACUUUUUGAGGUUAUUACUGGAUUCCAUCCAUGUUUCAUAAGGAUGGCUAUGCUAGUGACAGAAUGUACCUAGCAGAAAUCGAGCACACUUAAUACUGUGAUGGCUUCUUACUUAUCACUGUGUGCGGGUUAGCAGGUUUUGUAAAUGCUUAUUUGGCACCACAAUACAGAUGACAUCAUAGGAAAGUGCUUGAAGGAAAAGCCUAGUUAAUUGUGUGUCUUUUCACUGACAUAAAGGGAUCUAUGAUCAGGGUCAUACUAACCGUAAACAGCAUUUGUCUACAGUUACAUAAUCUGCCCAGGAGCAUAAUCAAUAAACAAGUAAAAAAACUGUGGGCCUAAUCAUGGAGGUCAAUUCUCAGCACAAUACAGCAUCAGAAACAUAGCUGUGCCACCUGUUUAUUUAGUCUGAGCAGAUUUGUGAUAGCUCUCCUAUGUAAUCGACCACAUUUUUGGGCCGUCAUUUUGUAGAUACCUUCUGCUGUGCUCUAUACCAUUCUUAUCAUCCAUUGUUCAUGGUCAGCUGAUCCCUUCAAUGACCCAGGCAGCGCAUAGUUCUGACCACUUACAAAACAUGAUAAAAAGAAACCUUCGGUAAACAGUGUAACACGUUGCGCAAAUAUGAAUGCUGCUUCACGUAAUCCAAUGGGACAGGUCAAGUUGUGAAAAAUUGUUCAAAUAUGUUUGAAUUAAAAAUGCUAUAUGUUGAAAUUUGUACUACACCCAUUCUGGCAGCCCCCUCCCUUAAAGGGACACUAAAGAGCAAAACGAUUUUUCUCGUAUCAGUAACGUACUUUUUCAUGAUACCAAAAACACCACACUUGCUGUGAGAAGACGCUUAAUUAGUAAGCGAGAAAACGCGCAAAAACAAAAUGUGGGUGGCGACGCCACGUACCUUGAAGGUCCCGCACCAUUUGCCGUGACUUCACAUGUUUUGACGGCGCCUACUAGGGACUACGUAGUUCCUAAUCGGUAAAAAAUGAAGUACAUCUGAGGGGGCCAUAGACUUAACAUACCAAGUUUGGGGUAAUUUUGUUGAGGCAAUGGCGCCAAGAUAUGAUAAAUACACUUUGAAAUCCGUGACGCGGGGAGAUUUUGGCGCGGAAUUUAAAAAUGAAACUUUGAACUUGAUUCUCUCCUCUAUUAAUAAACCUAUGAUGGCAAAAUUAACAACAUCAGAGUUCUCAGAGCACAAUUUAUCGAUCUAAACCGAUUUAUUGUUUCUGUUUAGUGUCCCUUUAACUUGGCCUGGCAUGAUGGAGCAGAAGGUGGUCUUUCAACACUGUCAGUGGGAAUAACCUCUUUAUUACACAUUAUACUUCAUGAAGAAAGGGAAGUUUGCAACCAACAAAGGCAUCAAAAUUGUCUUAUUCAAGGCACCUGCUGAAAAAAACACAAGUAUAGUUCAGUGGAAUUAUUUUUAGGAUCAACUAAUCAAGCACAAAAAUCGUGGGACCAUUGCCAAAGGCAUUAGCUAAAGGGACACUAAUGAGAAAAAAUUAUUUCACCAGUACAUGAACGUUUCCCAUCCAUGAUACCAAAAACACCAUUCUUGCAGCAGGAAGAUGCUUGAAAAGCUAGAAAAGGCUCAAAAAGGAAUGAUAGGUAGCAAUGCUGCUCGUGAAUUUUUACACCAUCUGCUAGAGCCUGGUUAACUUCUUUUAUUACAUUGUGUUCUAAAGGAGCCAAAGAUGGAACAUGUUGAGUUUCGAGAACUUUCAUU